AUGUCUACCAAGUCCUCCCAACCAACCAUCCAGCCAACCGCAAACCUGAAACACCACUCGGUACUGAAUAACCCAGCGCAAAACCCCCGAAGCCAAAAGCCAAACCGAAAUCUUCCAUCCGUGUUCUCUCGCGGACCCGGCUUCCCGCAGCGCAAAAUCAGACGUGUAAACUGCGCCCUUGACUGGGCCCAGCAUCCGGGAUGGCAUCCCUGCUCCCGUAGCCAGGGCCAGGGCACAAGAACACCCAAGCAUGGUACUUUUGGUCUCAUGCACACUGUCAAGUCCCGAUCGGAUGAACAGGUUCAAUAA